AUAGUUUGGCUUGCACACGGAGAGCAGCCAAUGCGAAGGCGACAACGUCAUCAGUGGGGGGAAUCCUCUAGUGCAGCUCCCUUUGUGAUGGAAGAACAAGGUAAUGAUCCAAUUAGAGAUAUGGUUAUGGAUGCAAAUUUACAUGGUAUAGAAUAUAAUAUGAAUGAACAAGCCAGUGUGGAGCCAAUCUUUGAGGAGGCAAUGGGUGAUGCAAAGGAAUUUUUUGAUCUUUUACAAGCUGCUAACACGACACUUUAUGAUAGAUGUGAUGAUGGUGAUACAGUACUAAAAUGGAUGUCUAAUUGGGAUUAUAUGUUAAAGUGUACUAGGAGAUGGAUGAAGCCAGAGGAUCGGGAUAGAAUUCCAAAAGAUUUUUACAGUACUAAAAAGAUGAUGAGACGUUUCAGUCUGGGUUAUAAGAAGUAUGAUGUGUGUGUGAAUAACUGCUUCUUGUAUUAUGGUGAAUUUGAAAACAAAAACUACAUCGCAUGUCCAAUAUGUGGUGAACCUCGUUAUAAACAGGGACAUGUGCAACAAAAUCAACAUAUACCAAGGAAGUCAUUGUGGUAUCUCUCGAUCACACCUAGACUCAAAAGGUUGUACAUGUGUAGAAAAAUUGCUGAACACAUGAUAUGGCACUUGAAUUAUGGUGGUGUAUCUGAAAAGAUUGUGUAUCCUGCCAGUGCUGAAGCAUGGAAACACUUUGAUCAGACCUACCCCGACAUUGCAUCAGAUCCAAGGAAUUGUGUGAAUAUGCAAGAGGCGAAAGUUAGUGGGAUGAAGAGUCAUGAUUGUUACAUAUUCAUGCAAAGUCUCCUUCCAAUUACAUUCCAUGAUUUUCUACCAAAGCAAGUUUGGGAAGCACUUACUAAGAUCAGUCAGUUUUUUAAAGCUUUAUGUUCUCCAACCAUUCGAGUUACAGAUAUGGAGAUUUGGCAAGGCAAGAUUGUAGAAACAAUAUGCCAACUUGAAAGAAUCUUUCCUCCUUCCUUUUUUGAUUCGAUGGAGCAUCUAGCAAUCCACCUUCCAUAUGAAGCCAAGGUGGGGGGACCAGUGCAAUUUCAUUGGAUGUAUCCAUUUGAGAGACGAAUGCAUGGAUUGAAGAGUUUGGUAAAAAAUAAAGCCUGCCCAGAAGGAUCAAUAUGUGAGAAUUAUAUAAUUAGUGAGAUCUCAUACUUUAUCUCACUUUAUUUUCAAGGAGAAGUUGAGACAAGAGGUGAUCGCAUCCCCAGAAAUCUUGUUGGCUUAGGCCCUUCUGUUAAUAAUGGCUUUUCCAUUUUCAAUAAUCUUGGAAAACCAAUUGGUUCUCUACAACAACAACGAGUGUUGACAGCGAAAGAGCGUAAUGCUGCAAUGGCAAGAAGCAUUAUUGAGAUGCCAGAUGAGCAAGAAUACCAACACGAUAAGCAGAACCCAUUUUUCAAGAUGAUGACCCUCUACCUCCCUAACCGACUGAAACCGAUUUGAUAUUGUAUCAACCUAUUCAGCAUACUGAUGGGACUGCAUCUACCAUUAAUGUCGAGUUUGAGUCUAUGAAUGAUGACAGAGAAUAUGAGGAAGAGGAUGAAUUUGAAGAUUAUUCUACAUCUGAGGAAGAUAAUAUUGAAUAUAUAUCUUAGAGUGAU